UGAAAAUGCUUGUUUCAACGGCCAAACCGAAAAAGGCUGGCUUAUUAUGACACAGCUACCUCUCCUUACUACUUCUCACUCAUAAGAAGUAUCGCCACCAUUCCUCUCUCUCUCUCUCUCUCUCUCUCUAAAAACCCUUCAUUUCUAGACGAGACGAUCUCCACGAAGCUCCCUCUCUCUCUCUCCUUCUCUUUCAAUUCUUAAUAAUCACCGUCCUCAACCCUCUCCGCCAUUUUCUUACUCUUCUCUUUCUCUCUCUCUCUCUCAGAUCGUAUCUCCAAGAACCCCUUUUUCCAAUUCUCUUCUGAGCUGUGAGAUUAGCGGAUAGGGGUUUAAGGAUUGGGUUGAGAAUUUAGCUUUGGGGAUUUUGGAGAAUGGCUUCGGUAUCUCAUUCUCCAGUUGCAUUUACUGGAAAACCGGCUUCGGAUCUUCUUCGGAGUUCUAGCAAUGGUGUUCGUGGUCUUCCAUUGAGAGCUCUUGGGAGAACGCGAUUAGGGACUGGGAAGAGGGAUCUUACUGUUGUUGCUGCCAAGCUAAGAAAGACCAAGAAGCAUGAUUAUCCAUGGUCUCAGGAUCCGGAUCCGAAUGUUAAAGGUGGAGUCCUUACUCACCUAUCCCAUUUCAAGCCUCUCAAAGAGAAACCCAAACCCGUUACUCUGGAGUUUGAGAAGCCUUUAGUUGAUCUUGAAAAGAAAAUCAUGGACGUUCGGAAGAUGGCAACUGAAACUGGGCUGGACUUCAGUGAUCAGAUCAUUAUGUUGGAGAACAAGUAUCAUCAGGCUUUGAAAGACUUGUAUACACAUCUGACUCCCAUACAGCGAGUCAAUAUUGCUCGGCAUCCUAACAGGCCAACUUUUCUUGAUCACGUGUUUAACAUAACUGAAAAGUUUGUGGAGCUUCAUGGAGACCGAGCAGGGUACGAUGAUCCUGCAAUUGUUACUGGUAUAGGAACCAUAGAUGGUAAACGUUACAUGUUUAUGGGUCAUCAAAAGGGUAGAAACACAAAGGAAAACAUUAUGCGUAACUUUGGGAUGCCUACUCCCCAUGGUUAUCGAAAAGCUCUACGCAUGAUGUAUUACGCAGAUCACCAUGGGUUUCCUAUAAUUACUUUUAUUGACACUCCUGGUGCAUUUGCAGACCUUAAAUCUGAGGAACUAGGCCAAGGUGAAGCCAUUGCUCAAAAUUUGAGGACUAUGUUUGGUCUGAAAGUACCAAUUAUUUCUAUCGUCAUUGGGGAAGGUGGUUCGGGUGGUGCCCUUGCCAUUGGCUGUGCCAAUAAACUGUUAAUGCUUGAAAAUGCAGUUUUCUAUGUUGCCAGUCCAGAAGCAUGUGCAGCAAUCUUGUGGAAGACUGCCAAAGCUUCUCCAAAGGCUGCUGAGAAGUUGAAAAUUACUGCAACAGAAUUGUGCAAGUUGCAAAUUGCAGAUGGGAUUAUUCCUGAGCCAUUAGGUGGUGCACAUGCUGAUUCCUCUUGGACUUCCCAAAGGAUAAAAGCUGCAAUUAAUGAAACUAUGGAUGAGCUUAACAAAAUGAACACAGCAGAGUUAUUGAAACACCGUAUGCUUAAGUUCCGAAAAAUUGGUGGCUUCCAAGAAGGAAUCCCAAUAGAUCCAAAGAGGAAAGUCAACAUGAAAAAGAAGGAGGAACCCACUCUACAUGUGGAUUUAGAGGGUGAGGUUGAAAAGGUGAAACAGCAAAUUUUGAGAGCUAAGGAAUCUUCUAGUGAACCCCCGUUGUUGCAUCUAAACGAGACAAUUGAGAAACUGAAGAAGGAUGUUGAUCAGGAGUUUUCUGAGGCAGCUAAAGCCUUGGGUUUUGAAGACAAGUUUGCGGCUUUGCGUGCAGACUAUCAGAAAAUAAAUUCACAAGACCAAAUUGUGGAUCCAGCUUUCAAAAGUAAGAUUGAUAGGCUUAGGGAGGAGUUCAACCAGAACCUUCCAAAAUCUCCUAAUUAUGAAAGCCUGUCAAAUAAGCUUGACAUGUUGAAAGAGUUAUCAAAAGCAAAGAAUAUUGCAGAGAAAAACAGUAAGGCUUCCAUGAUGAAGCUGGAAAUCAAUGAAAGAUUUAAAGAGGUCGUGGAAAGACAAGACAUGAAGGACAAGUUUGAGGCAUUGAAGACUGAAAUUCAAAAUUCUGGGGUCUCUUCAUUUGAGGAUUUGGACUCCAACCUGAAGGAGAAAAUUGUGAAGAUCAGAAAAGAGAUAGAGUUUGAGCUCGAAGAUGUUCUCAAGUCCUUGGGUUUGGCUCUUGAGGCUGUUAAGUCAAACACAACUUAUUUAGAAGAACUCAGUCCAUCAUCAGAAGUAAAAUCCAAGAUAGAAGAAUUGAAUUUAGAAAUUAACCAUGGGAUUGAAAGUGUUAUCAACUCAUCGGACUUGAAGUACAAGAUAGAGCUAUUGAAGUUGGAGAUUGCUAAGGCAGGAAAGAAACCUAAUUUAGAAGCCAAAAAAAGAAUUGCAACUUUGGAGCAACAAAUUAAGCAGAGCGUAGCAGCGGCCUUGGAUUCUUCAGACCUAAAGGAGAAGCAUGAAAAGCUGAAGGCAGAAAUUUCUAAAGACAUCGAAACUUCUGGAGAACUGGAUGGGAGUCUGAAAAACAACAGUCCCGAAGAUGCAAGACUGAAGAUGAAUGCUGGUGCAAAUCGCACCUUCGCUUAAUGUGAGUCCCUUCUGUUCUUAUAAUGUGUGCUCAACCUGUCUACUCCUUUUCCUUUAUUUUUUCUUGAUUUUGUUUGAAGCUAGGAAAUUGAAGAGUUGUUUUAUUUUGUUUAACUUCUUGUAGUUGUAUGAUAAAGAAGUACACUAUUGAAUUUAUUCUGUACUGGCAAAUAAGUGAUUAUACUUGUAAAAGUAUUUUAAGAUAGCUAUAGCGGAAUUCAUUUUUCGACUAGUUUCUUCUGCUUCUGGAAUUGAACUGUUAGCUUGGUCAGUUAUAUUAUAGUGUAUUUCAUUUUUCUAUCAGCAGUAGCUGUUUUGUUGGAGAUGAAGAUAGUUCAGAACAGAGGUGGAAGAAGUCAUUGAUAAAUGAGUUCAAAGUUUCCCAACAUUCAGAGAGAGUUCACCUCUCCCAAAGCACAGCUUCUAUUGACAUUUGUAGACAUGAAGCACAAGUUUUUGAAUCUACAGAAAUAGGAAGAAAACAAAAUAAUAAUAACAGCAACCAAAAAAAAAAAAAAACUGCCUGGAACUCUUUUAAUUGGAAUUUGUUUUCCAUGAUAUUAGCAUCUAUGUGUCAUUAUUAUUCGUAUCUUCUUAACUUUUUACCUCCCUUGUUUAUUGAGAUAGUGUUGUUUUUGGGGUUCAAUAAUAGAACUAUGGUAGACACUUAUCGUUUUUGUUUUGGUUCAUAAACUAUGAAACACUCUUUGUAUAGUUGUCAAGAAAUGGGUGAUAUUUGCUGUC